GUUACUAUAAAAAAGGACUUGUCUCCGUAGCUGUACGGAUUGCUCUCUGCUGUGGGAGAAACAUGGCAUCGUUAACACUGUUCGUUUGUUGCCUGUUAGUGGCAUCCACAUUUUCACAGCCAGCUUGGCCUAAUUUUAACUUUUUACCUGGCGGAUAUGGAGGAGGAAAUGGAGGAUACGGUGGAGGGUAUCCCAAUUCAGGAGGAAGUGGAGGAAACAGUGGAGGACGUCCAAGCACAGUAGGAAAUGGAGGAUACGGUGGAGGGUAUCCCAACUCAGGAGGAAGUGGAGGAAACAGUGGAGGACGUCCAAGCACAGUAGGAAAUGGAGGAAAUGGUGGAGGGUAUCCCAGCCCAGGAGGAAGUGGAGGAUAUGGUGGAGGUUAUCCCAGCUCAGGAGGAAGUGGCGGAUACAAUGGAGGACGUCCAGGCACAACAGGAGGUGGAGGAUAUGGUGGAGAACAACCCAGCACUGGUGGAGGUGGUGGAUCUACCACUACAGGAGGAUCUCAGUGUAAAUGUCCAGUUCCAGAUAUGAAAUGCGUAGAUAGUAUAGCCAAUGGAAUGAUUGCAAAAUGCCCUGCAGGCUAUACAGCUCUUUCAUGCUCAUGCGCAAACAGCUGUGGU